AUGGGCGACGAAUUCAGUACCAAUUGCAGCGAGAGGCAUUACUCCAACAACAACGAAAGUAACAACGAUGAAGAAAAGAAGUUCUUCAUUCACAUCUGUUGGACAGCUCGUUGCUAUAACGGUAGCACCAUUAUCAAAAGCCAAGACAAAGUUUAUAACAGCAGCAUAGAGAACGUUUUCAUUGACUGCGGCUUAGAACUUGAUGACAGCGACAACAAAAACAUAUUCAAGCCCCGUAAAGAGGAAAACGGCGACAAAAGCGAACGUGUUUUAAUUGAAUUAUGCUUUGCCGAUAUCAGCAAAAACAUGGCAAACCUGGAAACUAACAACAUUGAUGAGGGAAAGCUUACGUACGUCCGUUCUGAUAUUCCGUUUAAAGGGUUCAACAACGACAUCAUUCCUGAGAGCCCCAACGAAAACAACAAUGAAAAGAAGUGGUUUUGGAUUUGUUGGAACAGCGAAUUGAACGACCACAAGAAAAACAUCGACAUCCGCGAAAACAGCACAGGCGAUAAAAAUAGAGACGUCAGAGAAAGAUUUAUUUGUCUCGACGUGAAAUUGCCGCAUAUUGAAAAUAUUACCCGCGAGAGAGACUAUAACAGAAGAAGCAGCGACAGCGAUAAAAUGUUGAUCCACUUCAUUUUGAAUUUCCCACUCUGUUACAACUGUAGUUUUGCUGUUUGUUCAACGAAUGAUAUUUAA